AUUAAUGAAGAAAAAAUGCAGAAUGGGAUUCCACUACCUUUAAAGGCAGGAGAUAGAGUUACCUUUGGAGUCUUUGAAAGCAAAUUUAAAGUGGAAUAUCAACCAUUGGUUGCAUGUCCUUCUUGUUUAGAUGUGUCUGGAAAAACUGUUUUAAAUCGAGCUGUUUUACAACUUGGAGGACUUAUUGUAAACACCUGGACAGAAGAAUGUACUCACCUUGUCAUGGUGUCAGUAAAAGUUACUAUUAAAACAAUAUGUGCACUGAUUUGUGGUCGUCCUAUUGUAAAGCCAGAUUAUUUUACUGAAUUUCUCAAAGCCAUUAAGACAAAGAAACAGCCUCCAAAUCUUGAAAGUUUUUAUCCUCCCAUUGAUGAACCUGCUAUUAAUAAUGAAAACCUGGAUCUAUCAAGUCGUAAGGAAAGAAAACAAAUAUUCAGUGGGAAAACCUUUAUAUUUUUAAAUGCCAAACAGCAUAAGAAAUUGAGUCCAGCAAUUCUUCUCGGAGGUGGAGAAGCUAAAUUGGCAACAGAGGAAGAUAAAGGAGCUGCUACUUCUUUUUUAACUCCUGGAACAUGUGUUGUUGAUGCAGGAUUAACAAAUUCACAGGUUUUAGUACCUGAUUCUAUGAGAAUCUGGAUUCGUUCAAUAAUGGAUAUGCUUCAAAGCCACCAUCUUAGAGCCAUCCCUGAAGCAGAAAUUGGAUUAGCAGUUGUUUUCAUGUCCACAGAGACUUACUGCAAUCCUGGUACAGGAUUGUCUCUAUCUCCAAGGCCACCAAGUCUUUCUCAAAACAAAAUGAUAAAUGAAACCUUAAUGCCUGGUGCCACAAUGAAUAUCACCGCAGGUAUUCCUGACACAGAAUCAGAACAGGAAAAUACUUGGGAUUUAAGUGAAAGUCCAAAAGAGAAUGAAACUCCUCAAGUGGAACAAAGAUCCAAAUUAUUUUCACAAGAAAUGUUCACUGUAAAAGAGACUCCCAACACAAAUUGUAGUGUUAACUUGGGAACAAAGCCACUUAAUCAGACUUUAAUAAAAACCCCAAACACUCAACUUUCUCCAAGUAAAAUUUCAAGAAAAAGGAAAGAACAGGCUUCCCAGGAACAACAGACUAACUCCAUUAAAAACUAUUUCCAGUCAGUUACAAAGAAAAGAGAAAGGAAUGAAGAAGAGCAAGAAGAGUCUGUAUCCAAAUCUGCAAGAGUAGAGCUGUCUUGCUCUCUGUUAGACCAAACCCAACCCACUACUUCCUCAGCAUGGAGAAAUCAGGAACAACAUCAAACCCAGAAAGGACUCAAUAUAUUAAACAAAAAAACAGAUGAAACAUAUAGAAACAUUAAUCCAAAACUUAAUGAAAAUAGUCCUGUUCAUGAACUUCUUAAAUCCAAACCAAGAAAGAGGAAAGAACUGGAUGAUUUAGCUAUGGAAAAUGAACAUUUACAUCAGGGGACAGAACAAGAACAAGAGGUUGAAAUUGGAGUUCAAAGGCCAGUGAAUGGAAUCAGUUUAGGGAAAAAACUGAGACUUGAUAUAAGAAAAAAUGACUCUGAGGAUAACGAACCAACUCAAGAGAGUUGCAAAAUAACUCAAGAAAAUGAACCAGGAAAGAAAUAUGAGGUUAAAGAAGAAACAUUUUCUUCUGAAAAAGAACAGGCUAAUAAUGAUAAACUUCAAGAUAGUUGUGAGGUGCUUCCCAAGAAACUUUUAUUGACUGAAUUUAGAUCACUGGUGGUUAGUCACUCUGGAUCCAGAAAUGCAUCCAUUAUAAGAAAUGAUUAUGGACAACUAAACAACUUUAAGAAAUUCAAAAAGGUAGCUUAUCCCGGGGCAGGAAAACUUCCAUCCAUCAUUGGAGGAUCAGAUCUAAUAGCUCAUCAUGCUAGAAAGAAUGCAGAAUUAGAAGAGUGGCUAAGACAAGAAAUAGAGGUACAGAACAAACAUGCAAAAGAAGAAUCUCUUGCUGAUGAUCUCUUUAGAUACAACCCUAAUGUAAGAAAAAGAAGAUAACUGAAGUGUUAAAGAAGCAAUCACAUGGCAAACAUUAAUCUGAAUGUAUACAGAGUUGUAAUAUAUAGAAGAGAUUUCAAUAGCAGAUGUUUUAUAACUUAAAUUCAUCAUUAAAUGAAAUACUUACCCAAAAUACAUUUCUUUCAUGUGGGAUAGUUUUUUUCAGUUUCAAAUUUUCCAGGAACUUUCAUCCCCACCAAAGGUGACAGGUGUCAAUUCAUCAAUUAUACCUGUCUCUUUGAUCAGUUAUAGGGGUCUGCCUUAGCAGGUGAGUUUUCCACAGAGAUUAUAGCCUUCAAGUUGUAUGUAAGCUUUGCUGCCUGGUCUGUCCUAUCAAGUUUCCUAGAUAUCAAAACUUCUCAUAAGGAAGAUAAAAUUCAGGCUAGUAUAGAUUAUGUGUUAUGCUUAUAUUGAAGUAUAAGAGGCUCACCUAAAUUGAGGAUAGAAAUAAAUUUUAGACCAGAAAGGGAUAUCUAGAGAUUAUA